CUGAACUAUACGAAAAUAUUUGUAUAUAUGAUAUGACAUUUUGGAAAGAAGGAAACUAAAAAGAGGGUCACAAGGAAGAGAAAAAUCCAUGGAUAAACAACAGGAGAGGAGAUGUAUUUGCGUUUGGAGGAGUGUUCAUGAGCUGCUGCACCUUCAAUAAUUAAGCGAGGGUUUUGGAAUGUGUUUUUGGUAAAAAAGCAAGUGAUGUUGAUGCAUGCUCUAUGUAAUGAUCAGAGAAGCACAUGUCAAACCAGCAUAGCCUCAGUCCCUAGCUUUAAUUUCCUUGUUUUUCUUGAGUUUUUUCUUCCAUCCCUUCCCCACUUCUUUGUAGUCCGACCUGAUCUCUGACUGAUCUUAUCAGGUUUGAAGUUCAACCCUUUUCCUUUCUUUGCAUGCUAAAUUUGGCACUAACUUCAAGCUUUUCUGAUCUCUCACUUCAAAGAUUCCAAGGACAACCCAACCUAGCUAGAAGUUUCCUGACACCCAUCUCAUCCCGACAAAGCAUUAUAGUUCGUUUUCUUGAACCAAAACCUUAAAACAAAAGACACAGAUCUCCAAAAAUGUCUACUGUGCACUCUAGUCCGUUCUUCCAAAUGGAGAAUCCGGCAAUACUAUCUUUGCUCCGGCAUAAACCAGGAGAUCAUCAGAAACGCACAAAGUCCACCGGAGGGCUCUUUAAAAUGUUCAAGAUCUUCCCUAUGCUGACCUCAGGGUGCAAGAUGGUGGCACUUUUGGGCAGACCCAGAAAGCCUUUACUCAAGGACAAUGCUACAACGGGGACUCUUUUCGGCUAUCGCAAAGGGAGAGUGAGUCUAGCCAUACAAGAGGACCCUCAUUGCAUGCCAAUCUUUGUUAUCGAGCUGCCGAUGCAUUCAAGUGCUUUUCAAAAGGAAAUGGCAUCAGAUAUGGUCAGAAUUGCUCUAGAAAGUGAAACCAAAACUCACAAAAAGAAACUGUUGGAGGAGUUUGUCUGGGCUGUUUACUGUAAUGGGAGAAAAACUGGUUACUCCAUUAGGAGGAAGCAAAUGUCUGAAGAUGAACUGUAUGUGAUGCAGCAUUUGCGAGGGGUUUCAAUGAGUGCUGGGGUUCUUCCAAACCCUUCAGAGAAAGAAACAGCAGAUGGAGAACUGACUUACAUGAGAGCAAGAUUCGAGAGGGUUGUUGGAUCUAAGGACUCUGAAGCUUUGUACAUGAUAAAUCCAGAUGGUGCAGCAGGGCCUGAAUUGAGUAUUUUCUUUGUGAGGGCUCAUUAACUAGACUAGUUUUAAGCUCUUGAUUCCAUGUUUAUGUUGUAAACUAUAUAGGAAUUACUUUAAAAGUCACAUAUUAAGAUGAUUUUCUCAAGCAUUUUGCUUUGUUCUUGGCUGUACUGUACGUACCCAGUCCCUGGUUUAAGCCUGUAUAUGGAAUUAAGAGCCUGCCUUCUUUCGUUGA